UGUGAAGGUCUAGGAGUUGGUGUGGAGUUCAUCUCGGUGCACGUGGCUCCGCUGGGAUGGAUUCCUCCUUGAGUUUCUCCUCUGGGGGUUUGGGCUCAGUGGACCCACAGCUGCAGCAUUUCAUGGAGGCAGAGACUCAGAAGCAGCGCUUCCAGCAGCUGGUGCACCAGAUGACGGAAGUUUGUUGGGAGAAGUGCAUGAACAAGCCCGGGCCAAAGUUGGACAGUCGGGCUGAGGCCUGUUUUGUGAACUGCGUUGAACGCUUCAUUGAUACAAGCCAAUUCAUCUUGAAUCGCCUUGAACAGAAAUCCAAGUCAGUCUUCUCAGAAAGCCUUUCCGACUGAUUUCAGCAUUACCUUUUUGGAAAAGGAAAGUAGUUCAAGAAUGGUUGAAGAAAAGGCUAUAGGGAGAUUGGCUCCCA